AAAUAGCUAAACCCUGAACCCUAAUAUUCUUUCUUCAACGCCUCCAUCACAACCGUCUUCCUUUCAGCUGCUCAGUGCCGACGGCUCGUUCUUCUGCUCGCUCCGCUUCCGCCUCCUUCAUAUGUUUGCGUUGAUUUUGAUAUCUAUUGUUGUUAUUGAUUUGCAUUUUGAGAAACAAAUUCUCCAUAAACAUGGCGGGGCUUCUAUUUAAUGAUGUUUUCAAGGUCAAGUGUGUCAACCCGGAUGGUAAAAAGUAUGAUAAAGUUUCUAGAAUUGAUGCGCGGAGUGAGAAGCUUUCCAUGUCUAUGCUGCUGGAUGUAAAUACAGAGAUAUAUCCUAUUGAUGAAGGUGAGAAGCUUCUGAUGGUCCUGUCUCCCACGUUGAACUAUGAUGGAUCUCCUGUUACCAGCUAUAAAGAUCAGGAAGGGAAGAAAUCUCUAGCAGAUAAGUUUGAGUACAUCAUGCAUGGUAAAACAUACAAACUUUCAGAUGAAGGCUCAGGUUCGGACUUGAAAGUGGAGGUUUAUGCAUCUUUUGGAGGACUCCAAAUGCUGUUGAAGGGAGAUCCGAUCAACUGUGCCAAAUUCAGGGUGGAUCAGAACAUGUUCUUGCUCCUUCGAAAACUCACAUGAACCAUAAAAAUCUCUACUACUUGUUUGCUCUCAUGGCCUUUUGUUAUUACAGAAAUUGUGAUAACUCUGCAUAACUAUUGAUCAUAUUUGCAGAUAAAUUUUGAAUUGAAGAUUUUUACUAAA